CAGCGUAAGUUACAGUAUGGCGUCUUAUUAGUAUUUUGUAUUAUAGACAACAUUGCUUGUAAAUAUUGAUAGAAUCUGUGAAAACGUAUUAGUGUAAACAAGAGUUUCGAAAUGAAAAAGUCUCCUUUAAGUACGCCAAGUAGUAGUAGAGGAAAGCAAUGUUACAAUUGGAAGAUGCACGAUCAUAAAAAUAGGACAGAAUACAGCUACGGUAACGAUGACGGUUAUCAGAGUGUGUCACCGAAUGGAAUACAAAUGCGUACUGGGAACGACUUUAUUCCCUUGAAUAUUAGUACGCCAGUGUCAGAUCAGAAAAGAUACAGUGGUAAUUGGCAUGGUUCUGGAGGUGGUCGUAAUCAUCGUAACUCAGGUAGCGGUGGAUUUAACCAUUACAGGAACAAUUAUCAUGCAACCUCAAAGUCAAAUUACAAUAAUUCGUACUCUCCUUACAAGCACUCUGGUAAACAGUUUCAUGGUCACAAAAAGGGUUCCCAUAAGGAUGCACGCAAAGAGAUUGACAUAUCAAGAUACAUAGAUAUGAAAUCUUUUUUGGAAGAUCCAUGGGCAGACUUAGCAAAAAGGUUAAGUAAAUCGGGAGAUACAAGUGGAGGAAAAUUAUCUAACAUUGAACAGUUACUUUCGUCACAGUCUAUUUAUAAUAUAACUUCUAAAACAUGUUCCGAAAGUAAGUCUAUAAGGGAUAUUGAUGAUUCUUAUCCUAGUCAAGAAUCUAGACAUGACUCUUCGAUUGAAGUAACAUUGGAGUUGGAUGAUUCAGAUAUUAGUGAAUUAUCUAAAACGGAUAGCUCAAUUAAUUUAAAGCUCGACAGUGUAAGAUUCAGUGAAGAAUCAAAGAAUGAAAGCAUUAACAGUAAUCACAACAAUGGUUUUGAUGACACUGAAGGGCAAACUGAUAUUCGUGAGUUUUGUGAUACAGAGACAAACUCGGUCGAAACUAGUACAUAACACUGGCAAAGAACUAAACCUACUAUUAAGAGAACAGUGCAGCAAUAUGUUAUGUAUUGUACAUAAGAACUCUCAGAUGAAUAUAGGUAUUGCAGAAAUUAUGAAACAUUAAUGUCGGAUAUUUGGAGUAAUAUUCUGACAUAUUGAUAAAAAAAAUUUAUGAAGUUUUUAGCAAUGCAGUUUUCCUUUUAUGAGGUAGCUCUAUUGCAGAAGCAUAUCCAAUACGUAUGCAAAAUACAACGUAUUCAAAUUAUCUUUGAAAUUAUAUUUUCACAACAAGGCUGUGAAAAAAAAAUGAAUGUAGUUUACAUGAAUGAAAUUGUGUAUGUGCAAUUCUUUAGUAUAUACCAAGAGAAGUACAUAUGUCAAGAUACAAGGGAACAUAAGACACCAAUUUCUCACCGAUAGAGUAAGAUUCAACAUUUAGCAAAUAUUAAAUUAUGCGAAUACAAUUUAAGUUUGCUUCAUUAGAGUCUUUACUAAUAGUGUGAGGCAAUGUCAUCGUAAACGUUGUUGAAUGCCAGAUGUUAAUUUCAUUUCUCAAUGUAUAUGUCUACGUAUACUCCUUGUCCUGACAGUAUAGAUACGUAUAGAGAAGUAACAGUCGUCACGUAUGUAGGUAAAUAUGCCAUAACGGACGCGAAUGUAGAUUUAAGAAUGGAAUAAUCAAGUGCAAACACGCGAGUUUAAUUUUCAA